GCAAAAAAAUCUUUCAUCCAGUUUUCACCACUAAAAUGUGAAACACCAAUGAAACAUGAAUGAAACCGUCAAACUUUUUCAAGCAACAACACGGGGCGCUGCGCGGAGAAGUCAUAAUUCGUAGAAAAAUAAUCCGCGAAAAAUGGAAAGUUCAGUGAUUUCGGAAGCUCGUCAGGCCAAAUUAGCUGCUCUCAGGGAAGCACGAAGGAAGAAAAUACUGGAAAACAGCGAAGAUAGACUAGGGAAGAUCACAGGAAGACCACCACAAGAAAAUCAUCUUUCUGAAUCCGUGACACCGCCCACAGGAGAAAUUUAUCCAGAUCCCGAGCUAGAACCUGCCCCAGAAUACAUCCCAAGAGAAUUUUCGGGAUUAUAUUCAGGAAUUAAUCCACAGAAUGAAGAUAUUCUGCAAUUGUUGAAUUCUCUGAGGAAUCAGGAGAAUGGUGGUCCACCGGGAAGGAGAUUUGCCGCACAGGAAAAAUCUGCCCCUCCGGGACUUUUUAGUAGGAUUCUCCGAACAAAAGUUCACAUUGCUGCAAUUGCCAUCGUGAUUUAUGGGCUAUUUGCCACGGGAAAUGAAUUUGUGGUGUCCGGAAAUGUCUUUCUCAGCCUACUACUCUGGGAAAUUGCUGAAAUUCUAAUACUGAAAACUUACCAGACUCGAAGUACUUUUGCCACUAUUUUGUACGUUUUCAGCCAAAUUCCUGAACAGUACACAGCAUCUGCCAUCAAGAUCUUCGUGACUGUCAACAAGGUUCUUCAGGAUGUGGCAGUUUUUACCUUUUUCUUCGUCUUCUCCCAUAUUUUGUGGCAGAAAUUCAUCCUGGGAAAGGAUUUAGGGAUGAUGCUGGAGAGAGAACAUUUCGAUCGAAUAUGAAUAUGGAGGUUUUUAAUGCAACUGUCUAACUUACACAAAAAAAAUAAAUGGUUUUUGAGAAGGAAUUUAUCCGGGAAACUUCCGGAAAAAAUAAAAUAAGAGGCACACUAUGA